AGGUUCCUGCUGGUGUUCUCCUGUCUGGUUCUGUCUGUGUUCUCCACAAUCAAAGAGUACGAGAAGAGUUCAGAGGACGCCCUCUACAUCCUGGAAGUGGUGACCAUCGUGGUGUUCGGGGUGGAGUACAUGGUGAGGAUCUGGGCUGCAGGUUGUUGUUGUCGGUUCAGAGGAUGGAGAGGACGACUCAAGUUCGCCAGAAAACCCUUUUGUGUCAUCGACAUCAUGGUGUUGAUAGCUUCCAUCUCCGUCUUGGCGGCGGGGACUCAGGGGAACGUCUUUGCGACCUCAGCGAUUCGUUCUCUUCGGUUCCUUCAGAUCCUGAGGAUGAUCCGUAUGGACCGACGAGGGGGAACCUGGAAACUGCUUGGAUCAGUGGUGUACGCCCACAGCAAGGAGUUGAUCACAGCCUGGUACAUCGGCUUCCUGUGUCUCAUUCUGGCCAGUUUCCUCGUUUAUUUGGCAGAAAAAGAAGAUAACGAACAAUUUGAGACGUAUGCUGACGCCCUCUGGUGGGGACUGAUCACCUUGACAACCAUCGGUUAUGGAGAUAAGUUCCCCAUCACCUGGAAUGGACGUCUCCUGGCUGCAACCUUCACACUGAUCGGAGUAUCAUUCUUUGCUCUGCCCGCUGGGAUCCUGGGUUCUGGUUUUGCUCUGAAGGUCCAGGAGCAGCACCGACAAAAACACUUUGAGAAGAGACGAAACCCAGCAGCCGGACUCAUUCAGGCGGCGUGGAGAGUUUACGCCACAAAUCUGAGCCGAACUGAUCUGUCUUCCACCUGGGACUAUUACGAGAGGACGGUGUCUGUCCCCAUGUACAGGUUGAUUCCUCCUCUCAAUCAGUUGGAUUUACUGAGGAACCUCAAGAACAAAUCAGGACUCUCAUUCAGAAAGGACGUCCAGCCUGAACCAUCUCCCAGUCAGAAGGUCAGUCUGAAGGAGAGGGUCUUCUCAUCCCCCCGCAGCUCAGGAACCAAAGGGAAAGGUUCCCCACAGCAUGUUGUUCCUACAGUCGGCCCCGGGGUUGCUCCUGGUGUGGGUCCUAGUCCUGGUGGGGGUCCUGUAGUUCCCGUAGGUCCUGGUGGUCCAGCGGGGAUCCAGGCCCUGCGACGGUCCCCCAGCAUGGAGCCUUGUCUGGAGGAGAGUCCCAGCAAGGUCCCAAAGAGUUGGAGCUUCGGAGAACGCAGCAGAACCCGGCAGGCCUUCAGGAUCCGAGGAGCUGCUUCCCGCCAAAACUCUGAAGUGCUCAUUGAGAUGCAGGAUGAAGAGUUCAGACAGAAGAGCUCUCCAGACGCCAGUCUGCCCGGAGAAGACAUGGCUGACGACAACAAGAGCUGCCACUGUGAGUUUGUACCCCAGGAUCUGACCCCGGGGUUAAAGGUCACCAUCAGAGCCAUCUGCAUCAUGCGUUUCAUGGUGUCUAAGAGGAAGUUUAAGGAGAGUCUUCGUCCAUAUGAUGUCAUGGAUGUGAUCGAACAGUAUUCAGCCGGUCACCUGGACAUGCUUGCCCGCAUCAAGAAUCUCCAGUCCAGAGUGGAUCAGAUUGUUGGCAGAGGAACACCAACUGCAGACAAAGACCGUCCCAAGGCAGCCAAUGAGGAGCUUCCUGAGGAUCCGAGCAUGAUGGGACGGUUGGGGAAGGUGGAGAAGCAGGUGCUGUCCAUGGAGAGAAAGUUGGACUUCCUGGUGAACAUCUACAUCCAGCGAAUGGGAAUCCCUCCGGCUGAGACAGACGCCUACUUUGGUUCCAAGGAGCCAGACCCAGCUCCACCCUACCACAGUCCAGUGGAUCAGCUGGAGAAGAGCCAGUCAGUCCCCAAGAUCCUGCAGGUGUUGCCUAGUGACCAAGCGGAGAAGACUCGUCAUGCGACUAAGAUGGUUCGCUCCAGCAGCUCCACGGGUCACAGAAAUUACAAUACCCCCACAUGCCCUCCCUCCACCUCCUGGCAGCCAAUCAGCUCCCAACUCCCUCAACAGGCCCCGCCCCGUCCACAGCGCAGCCACGGCAACACACCAAGUCCGGUGGGAGACGGGUCACUGGUUCGACUCCCACCUCCUCCGGCCGGAGAGAGACAUGGCGGGAACCGAUCGAACCGGCAAAGCACGGGAGAGCGAGGGGGGGCCGAGAGAACGGAGAAGAGAGGGGAGGGGAUCAAUGGGACAGGGGGGGGAGGGGAGGAGAUGAAGCUGAAAAGUGAUACGUCCGUCUCCAUCCCAUCCGUCGACCACGAGGAGCUGGAACGUUCCUUCAGUGGGUUCUCCAUCUCUCAGUCCAGAGAGAACCUGGACUUCCUCAACAACAGCUUCUACUCCUCCAACCUUGACCGGCGAGGAGGUGGAGGCUCCGCCCUCUGCGCUGCCGUCCACCCCUACAUUGCUGAGGGCGAGUCGGACUCCGACUCUGAGCUCUGUGCCCCAUCACCACACUCGGACCAGGCCUGGACCGGAACCAAGUAGAGCUGGAGGUGAACCGGAGCAGAACCAGCAGAAAACUAAGAACCUCUAAAAUGUGAAUGAAAACGUCAGAGACGAGACUUUAGCACCAGCUGAGAGUUAAGCAUCAUGGGAAAAGAAGACGUCAGUGUUUUCAUCUGUUCCGCAGAUGUUUGUCUUUUCCGUCACCGAUUGGUUCACUGCUGUGACAAAUUAGGACUCAUAUUAACUCUAGUUUAAAAAGUUUAUUGAUCAAUUUAUUCGUUCAAUUUUAAAACUUUUACACUGAAAGUCAACCACGUCACCAUGACAACAGACUGUUGUCGACUUCCUGCUCAGAAUUCAAACAGGUUCGGUCAUUUUGUUAGAAUUACUUUUAUUUUGGAUUCAAUGACUCAAAGAUUCACAAAAAUGUUCUCGUCACUGCGACAUUUUGUUUUCUAACUAGCCAAUAAAGCUAACGUGAAUCUGUCGUACAUGCAAACAGACAGACGCUAAUGCAGCUUACAUCAGAAACUUAGCUCGUUCUCGCCCCUGAAGGUCCUGCUGCCUAGUUACGGUUGCUAAGCUGUGACAGUCAGUGGGAGGGGCUUUAAAUGUUGAUGUAGUUACGGAUCAAUGCAAAUCAUGACGUCAUGACAACAUGAAUAUAUACGACGUAAUCAUCUUUUCAUUGUUUUAGAAUCUUUAAUCUCAACAGGAACGUUAAUAUAACAAUAAUGUUUCUGAGUCAGUUAUUGAAUCUGUCCAGCAGGGGGCAGUCAGUGUGAUCAUUCUCUUACAGGAAGCUGAUAAAACACUUACCAAAAUAAAAGUCUAGUGUAUUUAACUUUGAGCUCCAGGUGAAGAGUGGAAACAAUUUGUCCUGAGGGUGGCGCUACAGGUGUAAUUAAGUCUAUCCCCUGAAACAUAACCUUUGAUUGGCUGAUGGAAGGAACUUACUGUUCGCUCAUUAACUCAUUAAUAUGAAUGUAGAACGCUUCAUUUACUGUUUCCAUGGAAACAUUUCAUCACUACCUGACACUUUUCUAGUUUUUACAGAAAAAGACUCUUUAUUUUUGUUUUAUUUUCUGGUACAAUCAGUUUAUAUGAAAACAUUUCAUUUUCCUCUCGUUUCUUUAAAACAAAGUGUUUGUUUAAAAUGUCUGAAAAACUAUUUAAAAAACAACUAACCACAAUAAACCUUUAUUCAUUCUUUACAAAGACGUCUCUCUGCUUCAUUUAAUAUCACAACAUUUUAAAAUAACACUUUUGCUUUAACUGACAUUUUCAAUCUCUUUUUUUUUAAGUUGAAUCGUUAUGGUCA